AGGGAUAGAGAGAAAGAGAUAGAGAGAGCUUGCAACCACCACGGUGCACUGUAAUACAGGGUCGUACUUCAACUGGAGUUAGAGGUUUUGCAGGUUUAAGACCAUAAAACAGAACAAAGAGAAUCCGUUUAUAGCAGUAUAAAAGAAACGACAAAAGCAAACUAUUCCAAGGCAAACCUUCGUCUAAAUUACCGGAGGUGAGGAUCUCUCGUGGAUAUUUUUUUUCACCACGGCAAGGAAUUUCAAAAAGGAUUUUAUUUUUCGUGGACAAAAUGCAAAGAGGCGCAUAGCCGCCAGAAGUUUUCGGGGAAGGGAAACUUUCUGAUUUCGUUUUUCGUCUUUUUUCUUUCCCCCCCCACAAUGGACUGCACGGGGUUUCACAUUACUUUUAUGUGCUGACUUUUAAAAGCUCAAUCGUUUUAAUGGUUUAUUUUUGCUACCUUCAUACGCAUAUUGUUGUGAAGAAGAGGCUAUAUAUGAAUAUUGUACUUUCACGAAUAUUGGAUUUUGACGGAUUCUGUAUCCCCUUCUCCUACUUUUGUCAUUUACCGGAUGCCGUUCGAUGGUAUAAACCGACCACGGCUCUGACUUUUGAAGUUUGAAUAAUUCAUGGAAUAGAUUUUUCCUGCCUGAGGGACACCAAAGUAAUAUAAAAAGCGGGAGGGGGGUUAAUCAACGAUCACAUUCUUAAGGGUUAACGGAAUGGCCACGGCGGCUUCCAAUCCCUAUCUACCCAGCAGCAGCAUCCUCUCGUCGGGCUCAAUCGUGCAUUCGGACUCGGGAGGCGGUGGUAUGCAGCCGGGCAGCGUCGCCGUCACCUCGGUGUCCGGCGGGUACAGGGGAGACCCCACCGUAAAGAUGGUGCAGAGCGACUUUAUGCAAGGAGCCAUGGCGGCGAGCAACGGGAGCCACAUGCUGAGCCAUGCCCAUCAGUGGGUGACGUCCCUGCCCCACGCCGCCGCCGCCGCGGCUGCAGCCGCCGUGGCGGCGGCGGAAGCCGGCUCGCCUUGGUCGUCCAGUCCCGUCGGAAUGACGGGCAGCCCCCAACAGCAGGACGUCAAAGGCAAUUCGGCCAGGGAUGAUCUACACACGGGUACUGCGCUGCACCACAGGUCACCGCAUCUGGGAUCUCACCAGACUCACCCGGGGACUUGGGGCGGCACCACGGCAGCGCACAUGUCCUCCUUAGCGGGGGGACAGCAGCAGCAGCAGUCGCUGAUUUACUCGCAGCCGGGCGGAUUCACGGUCAACGGGAUGCUGAGUCCCCCGGGGAAUCAGAGCUUGGUGCACCCGAGUUUGGUGCGGGGGGACACGCCGGAACUGGACCACGGGAGCCAUCACCACCACCAUCACCACCAGCAUCAGCACCACCAGCAGCCGCACCACGGCGGAGUAGGCAGCCACGACCCGCACUCAGACGAGGACACGCCGACUUCCGACGAUCUGGAGCAGUUCGCCAAACAGUUCAAGCAGCGACGGAUCAAACUGGGCUUCACGCAGGCGGACGUCGGCCUGGCUUUGGGGACCCUGUACGGGAACGUAUUUUCUCAGACCACGAUAUGCAGAUUUGAGGCGCUUCAGCUCAGCUUCAAAAACAUGUGCAAGCUGAAGCCGUUGUUAAACAAAUGGCUGGAGGAGGCUGACUCGUCCACCGGGAGUCCCACUAGCAUCGACAAGAUAGCAGCACAAGGCAGGAAACGAAAGAAGCGGACCUCCAUCGAAGUGAGCGUUAAGGGGGCUUUGGAGAGCCAUUUCUUGAAAUGUCCAAAGCCCGCGGCCCAGGAGAUCUUGUCAUUAGCGGACAGUUUGCAGCUGGAGAAAGAGGUGGUCCGCGUCUGGUUUUGCAACCGGAGGCAGAAAGAGAAAAGAAUGACGCCGCCCGGGUUGCCGCAGACGCCGGAGGAUGUGUACUCUCAGGUCGGCAACGGACAAUUUUUAGUAGAUUACAUAAAAGAUGCAAGUUUAACUGGGCCCAGUGAACCAAGCGACCAGAGGGUGACGUCUACAAGUUCGUUCCAUCAGGUAAUUUUGGCGCACUAAACAGCAUCAACACGAAAACAAAAGCAAGUGUAAAAAAUAUCCGUAUCCUUAUAUUUCUUUCCUGUGCUGAUUAUUCAUUAUAUUUUUUUGGUGUCGCGAUAAUAAAAAAAGGACCUGGCAUUUUUUCAAUGAACAAAAAUGGACUACCCAAAGAUAAGAAAGUAAAAAAAAUAAAUAAAUAAAAAAAGUGACAACAAGAGGAGAAGAAUCGGUGAAGCUUCGAACACAUUUUACGAGGAUUGCAUGGCUCGAUAUUUUUUAAGAAAAGGAAUUGAGGUUCUUCUUUGCGCCCACCUCGCAAACCUUCGCGGGACUAUUUUGCCCUUCUCUACCGCCCCACCCCCAACCCCUCUCGCCAGUGUCCCCGUCACCAGAGUAUAGAUCUCAAAGAUCUUAUUUUUUUCUAUUUUGUGGACAAACCCCUUUCAGUGGAUUUUAAAAAAAGAAAGCUUACAUUUAAACGACUGUCUGAAGCUGCACUUACCUGAAAUUCUUCUCUUUCAAAAUCCAUUGCCAAGAUUGACUGCACGGGUGUGUGGAUGUUACAAUGAUACUGCCAUUUCCAAGCAGUUCUUUUGGUAGGUUUUAAUAAACAAACUCUGUAAAGCCAGAAAUAUAGAUUAAUCAGAUCAGAUUCUGAUCUGAGUUAUGGUACUUUAUAUUUUUCAUCAAAAUGACUUGUUUUAAUAUUUUAUUCUGAGUAACUAUGGACUGUUGCAAACGGUAAUUUAUUUUUCCCCAGAAACUUCCUAUAAGAUGAUUUUCUUAUAGUUUUCGCUGUUAUCCUAAUUGGUUUUGCUUAUUUUUUUUGCAUUGUAAUUGUUUUCAAUGGAGCACAACUCAACAUGAGCUGACACGAACAGUUGUUAGAUAAUAAGGGUAGCUAUAUUUUGAUGUGAUAAUUUGGUUGUAAUUUAAUUUCAGUAGUGAUUCCGUCAGAUAUGAUUGAGAACAAUAAAUUUGUUAGAAUGAAAUAACUUGCUUGUCUGUUUUGCACAUGAUAGCUCAGAUUUAUCAAAUUAAUUUGCAUUGAGUAAUAGGCCUAUGUUAAAUACAGUUUCCACUUUUUUUUUGCUGUGACGAAAGCUUGUGUUUGCCGUGAAUGCGUGUUAUACGAUUUAUCUGAAAUAAGCCAUUGUUGUGUGCUGUGGGUUUUGUAAAUACUGUGCAAGCGAGGUAUCGCUUUUGGAGAAAUUGCACGUGGAGGUUGGGUUCUUCUUGACCCCGCGUGACCUUUUUGUUUGGCGAGUAAAAUGUGCGCCAUGUGCACUACGUGCCUAAAAUCAGCCCAAAUAAAGCCAGUUUUUAAAUCCUC